AUGCUGGGAGCCAGACCGAAAUCUGCGGCGGCAGAGAGGAAGAGCGGCAAGACCACGCCGCCGACGCCCAAGGGCGGCAGCAGGCCGAGCAAGCCGGGCCCCGCCAAGCCGGCCAAUGGCACUCCGCCGCAGGCGCCUCGCGCCACCGAUUGGUCCCCUGGGUCGGCGGACAAGCCGCCAUCGGGCGAACGCCGCACGCCCAAGGUCUUCGCCCGCCUCAGCACGCCGCCUGCAGAGAAGCAAAGCAGCGCCGUGAAGCAGUCUCACGAACUGCAGGCGCAGCUCGCCGCGGUUCAGGAGGAGCUGAAGAGGGCAAAGGAGCAGCUGGCGGAGAAGGAGAACGAGAAGGUCCAGGCACUUGAGGAGCUGGAGGAUGCCAAGCGGCUGGCCGACGAGGCCAAUGCGAACCUGCUGGUCGCGCUCGCAGCGCGGAAGAAGGCGGAGGAGGCCUCCGAGACCGAGAUGUUCCGCGCGGUCGAGCUGGAGCAGACGAGCAUCGAGUCCAUGCAGAGGAAGGAGGGGGAGCUGCAGAGGAAGCUGGAGAGCAUGCGGAGCCAGCAGGAGUCAGAUGCUACUGCGCUGCGGUCCACAGUGGAGCAGCUCGGGAAGGCUAGGUAUGAGCUCGCUGAUGCGAUCGAUGCCAAGAACUUGGCCAUUAAUCAGGUGGAUGAUGCUAUCCGGCUCAAUGAAGUGAAUGCUCAUAAGGUGGAGGUCCUCAACACAGAGGUUGCUCGCCUGAAAGAAUUGCUUGACAUUGAGCUGGAGAGCAAAGAGAGAGAAGGCGCUGAGCAAAUCAUGAGGCUUGAGGCGGAGGUCUCUACACUGAAGAUUGAGCUCCAGAAGGCAAAGGAUGCUGAAGAGAAGGUAUCUGAGUUGGGGUGUGUGAUUGAAGCGCUGAGAGUUGAUGCUGCCAAUGCUAUGAAGGCCAGAGCAGAGGCAGAGGAGCUAGCUGAUGAAUGGAAGCAAAAGGCUGAAAUUCUCGAAAUUAAAUUGGAGGCAGCCAACCAGUCUUACAUGUUGAAGGUUGAUUCCUUGAACUCGGUGAUGAAAGAAUUGGAUGCAGCAAGCACCUUGCUUUCGGAGAAAGAGUCUGAACUUUCUGACCUUCAGAACAAGUUGCAGGCUUUGGAAGAAGAGGUAGCUAGGCAGAAUGAAGAUAUUAUUGCAUCUAAUGAGCGUCUUGAUGUUGCUGAGAAAGAAGCAUUUGAACUGAGGGAAGAGAUCAAUGAGCUUCAGUCAAAGCUCCAAGCAAUGGAAGAAGAGAAGAUGGAUGCUAUUAACAAUGAGAACAAUGCAAGUUCACAAAUUGAAUCAAUAUGUGAAGAGAAGGAGAGGCUGGCUAAGGAACUAGAAACUAGCAAAGAUGAGUAUGAGAAAGUUAAGAAGGCUAUGGAAGAUCUAGCCUCAGCGUUGCAUGAAAUGUCUGGUGAGGCAAGAGAGGCACGGGAGAGGUACCUGAACAAACAAGAAGAGAUUGAGCGUUCCAAGGCACAAAUAGAGGAGCUCAACACGAAUCUCAAGAACACCCAGGAGAACUAUGAAGUGAUGCUUGAUGAAGCAAACUACGAGAGAGUCUGCUUGAAGAAGACGGUGGAGCGAAUGGAGGCAGAAGCGAAGAAUACAUCUGAGGAGUGGCAAUCCAAAGAGGUCAGCUUUGUGAGCUCCAUCAAAAAGUCAGAAGAAGAAAUUGGUACAAUGAGAGUUGAGAUGGAUAAGGCGGUAGAGAAGGUGCAAGACUGCGAAAAUAGAAAUGCUGAGCUGGAGGAGAAGCUGAAGGAGCUGGAAGCUCAGGUAGAGGAAGCGAACAUAGCCAAGGAUGAAGCCAAAGCUGAAGCUUUGAGCUGGAAAGAAAAGCUGCUAGACAAAGAGAAUGAAUUGCGGAACAUAAAACAGGAGAAUGAUGAGCUACAGGUCAAAGAAUCGAAUGCUUCAGAGAAGCUGAAGGAGCUAUCUUCCGUGCUUGGCAAUGCUAAAGUGCUAAAUGGAACAGGUCCAAAAGAUGAGAAUGACAAGGGAAAUACGAAGGAUGAUGAUCCUGUAGUGAUCGCUACAAAGAUGUGGGAGAACAGCAAGGUCACUGACUACGAUCUAUCUACAGAGAAGGAGAAAGACGGUGAAUCAGAAUUUGAUCUGGAGUCCAACAAGGGAGACGCUGCCUCUGAUGGCCACAGGUUGUCCAUAGACAACAGGGUGAACAACAGCACGAAGCUGGCAAUCAAGCAGCAGCAACCGAAGAAGCCUUUGAUGAAGAAAUUUGGUGGUUUGUUGAAGAAGAAAAGCCAGCAUUAG